UCAACAAUUUUGUUGUUAUUGUCUCUUAACCUCUUAUAGAAAAAUUAAAAUUUAUUUAUCUUGAUUAAAUUAAGUCCAAAAAUGGCAUCGACUAGAGAAAGACGGACAAAUGCCGGUAAUAAAAUGGCUAAACUAUUAAAUGAAGAAGAGGAAGAUGAUUUUUAUAAAACGACUUAUGGUGGCUUUGAUGAAGUUGAACAAGAUCAUGAUUAUAUGGAAGAGGACGAAGGUGAAGAUGAAGUAGAUUCUGACUUCAGUAUAGAUGAAAAUGACGAACCAGUUUCUGAUACGGAACAAGAAGGUCCUAAGAAAAAACGAAGAUUAAUAACGAAAGCUUAUAAAGAACCUAAAAUUGUUACGACUCAAUCGUCUACACCUUUAAAGGAAAAAAAAAUAAGACGUCAAAAACAUGAUAAAAUUCUUAUAGAUAGUAUUGAAAGAAAGUCUAUACGUCGUUCAACUGCUGCAAAGUCAGCAGCAACUCAAAAGCGUUUACUAGAAAGGAAUGAAGACCAAAAGAAAAAAACAAAAGUAAUAAAACAUGAAACUUGGAAACCUACACAAGAAGAAUUACUUGAGGAAGCAUUGCAAACAGAGCAAAUUAAUAUGAAAUCCUUAGAGAAGUACCAAAAAUUAGAAAAUGAGAAAAAAAACACAAGAGCUGUUAGAAAAGCACACAUAGGCCCAAUGAUCAGAUAUCAUUCAAUGUCAAUGCCUGUAAUGGUUAUUACUGAACCAAUAGAAAAAGAAGAUGAUAAAAUUAAUGUAGAAGAAGGAGAUGAUGACAAAAAUGUAAUUACGAAUUCUGAUAGAGUUUCUGAUACAUCUGGCUUAGGAGAUUGCACAGUGACUGAUUGUGAUAUAGAAUUCAACUCAAAAGAUAAGUUGAAUAAUAUUACAAAAACCAAAAUAAAUCUUCAGUGUGAGGAAACAGGAACAUUUUACGAACGAACGUUUAUUACAUUUGAAAAUGAACAAUUAUUAUUAGAAACAUUUAAAAAAACUGCUCCACAAAAACCAGCAACGAAAGCUCUAUGUGCUAUAACAAGGCUUCCUGCAAAAUAUUUAGAUCCUAUGACACAAUUGCCAUAUAAAAAUGUACAAACAUUACGCCUACUUCGUGAAGCAUACUAUCGUCAGUUAGAAGCCCGUAGCGAUGUCAAUGAUAGUUCGCUAAGUCCAGAAUUAUUACGAUGGCUCGAAUGGAGACAAAAAAAUUGUGGUACAAAUUAUAGAAGUACUAUACGCCUUGAACCAGCAACUAUUUCUACAACUUCAUAAUAUAUUUAAUUAUUUAAUAAAUAGUAGAUAGUAGGAAAAAAAUUAUAUAAUUAUAUUUUUUGUAGUUAAUUGUUAAUUUAGGUACUUUAGUUACGAAAUUGUUUGGUUUCUAAAUAUAAUAUUAUUAAAUUAUA